UAUUUUAUUAUUGUAAUUAAUUAUAUAUAAUUUUUAUCAAAAUAUAUUAAAUAAAUCCACGCUCAAAACCUAGUUUUAUGAAAUGAAAUAGUUAUUUAAAAAUCUUGCCCACUAAUUGUUAACGAACAAAUUAAAUUUUGGCCGUGCAAGGCACGGACGGGCCUAACACUAGUAAAUAAUAAAUGUACAGAGAAUAUUUAAAACUAAAAGAAAAAAAGAAAAGAAAAUUAGAUCUCUGACUACUUCGAAUUCGAUCGUUACUAGAAACUGCGACCACGAUAUUGGUCGUGGAGGAGAGAAGAAGAUGUCAAAGUCUCCCGAAUCGAUUGCGACACGUUCUUCUUCAUCAACCUAAUUCCAAAGCCUUUUUCCCGAUCGAAUCAUUUCAGGCGUUUAACUGAGUGAUCUUGACGACGAUGGAGAGAUCGGCGUCGGUGGGUGUUAACGACGGCCGUUUUGGGGGAAACCACUUCUAUUCUCCAUCUUUCUCUUCGUCUUCUUCCAUGAGACAUGUCAAUUACAGUUGCGGAUCUUGUGGGUAUGAACUGAACUUGAGCUCCACUAAUCGAAUCACAUCAACAAUUGGAUCAAAAUAUGGUAAAUCCAUGAAGAGUGGAAUCAUAUCCUUCUUCAACAUCGACGAGGGUAGAUUUAGUGAGGUCGAUGAGUUCCAAUGCAUGCCUCACUUCUCCAGAUACUCUUGGGGUUUGUUCAGACGUAGAACAAAGCUUCUCUGUCGCAAAUGUAAUAAUUAUAUUGGAAAUGCCUCUCAGGAGAAGGCUCCUCCUGAGUACGCACUUGUAACACAUAACUCAGAUCCGACAUCGCCUAGGACUGGUAGUAGUAUUACAAAGUACGAUAUCAGGAUCCGCUCGCUUCAACCCUCCUCUGCUGUCGCGUUGCUGUGAGUGCUUCUUCUACUGCUGUAUAUACCCGCCGAGAUUAUACAUCUUCUUCAAAGCAUCCAAUUUAGAUCUUUGGUGGAGUGUUUGUUAUCGGCUUGGUACUGUUUUGAUAAGGUUGUUUUGGAUUUUCAGUUGUAUAGUAAAAACAGUUUACCUCUUGUUUCUCGGAAUAUUUACUAGCUCAAGUUCGGUCAAAAAACUGUGAACCACCACCAUCCGAAUGAUGUAUGUAUCUGAUAGUUAAAUUUUAAUUUCAAGUGUAAUGCAAAAAAAAAGGUUUUAUCAACAA